UAUACAGCGAGCGGGUAAUUCAAUAUAGAAGACAUGUACAUGUAUAUCCAGUGCAGUAUUUGUUAACAAGACACUAUGUCGCGUCAAGAAGACGUUAAACAGUUAAAUUUAAAAGGAUCAGGUGCAGUUAUUGACUUAACUUGUACAUCAUGUAAAAAUGAAUACGAGUCAAGCGGAGGUAUUUAUUAUUGUACAAAGUGUCAGGAAUAUUCCUUCAGACCAGUUAUCGAAGAAACAAAAGAAAUCAACGUUUCUUCUAAACAGUUUCUACAAUAUCCUACGGAUAUGGACCUAGAAUAUACUUCACAAACAAAAGAGGUGACGGAUUUUCUACCAGAGCGUCCGCAGCAAACAGAAGGCUCGGUGUGGUCAUGCAGCGUUAAUAUGCCCGUGAUAUCAACCGGUCACCGCAACGUUAUAAACAAACGUAUCUCUUCAAUCGGACACCGAACAUCGGAAGAAAGUUUAUCCUCCGGAGAUAAUGGUACACAGCAAGACCAAGCCAAACGUGCAGAUUUUCUUAUGCAAAAUAUGAAAGAGUUAGAAAAUCGUCAACAAAAGUUGUUAAAUAAACUGAAAGAAAUGAAAGAAAAAUGUCUGCAAGAUAUACACAUGUUUAGGAUUGAAAUAAAUAAAUCCAUAGAUCGACUGGAACAGGCAACACUUACUGAACUUGAAAAUACGUUCAGGGAAAAAGAAAGCGAAUUGACGAAUAAACUGAAAAACAUGCAGGAGGUUUUAGAUAGCCAACAAGUAAUUAAUACAAGUAUUACCAAUUUACAACUUGAAUCAUUUAACACAAUAAUGUCUGAAGCUUUAGAACAGUUUCUAGAAGAAGAAUCAAAUACAGGCAGUGGCAUUGUCUUCACACAAAACUGUAAACUCCUAGAAUUUCUAGAAAGCUUUCAUUCUCUUGGGUUUUGUGAUUAUCAAGAGAAAAAUGAUCUAUAUCAAAUACAAAGUUCACAAAUUGUAAAUAUUAGUCAUCCGUGUGAUACAGAGGUUUGCAGUGUACAUUCCUGCUGUAUGAUAUCAUCUGGUGACAUCCUUAUGUCCGAUUACAAAAACAAGAACAUUAAAGUAUUAGACGGUUCCUCUUACACGGUCAAGGACGUUCUGUCGUUCCAGCUUUAUCCACUCUCCGUCUGUGAGGUCAAUAAAAACGAAGCAGCGGUGACUCUUGCAGAAGCAAAGUACUUUAGUGGUGAUAACAGGAUCCAAUUUAUGUCGACAGAAAAUAACAAGCUGGUACCUACACGUUCAAUAAAACUUGACCAUUGUUGCACGGGAAUCGGUUUAGUUGACGAUUUGAUAUACGUUUCAAACGAACGUAAACGUGUUUACGUCUAUGACGUAAAUGGGACGCUCAAACGUACGCUUUAUUUAGAUCAGUAUGGGAAUGAACUUUUUUCUAAAAGUUACUCAAUUAUUCAGAGCCGUAACAAAAAGCGGGUCCACGUAACUGAUUUAGACAAAGGUUUGGUAACAUUAGACUCCGAUGGUCGUUUGUUGUGGAAAUUUUCGGGUGAAGAACUUCACAUGGCGUGGGGUGUUUGCACUGAUAAUAAAGGGAAUAUAUUCGUGAGUGGCGGCAACUCUGGGAAUGUUUUACAGAUUGCAUCAGACGGCAAGUGUUUAGGAGAAAUUGUCUCUGAAAGCCAUAAAAUAAAAGAUCCCCAAGCUAUUUGCUUUGACAAGAAGAAAUCAAGGCUUAUACUGACAAAAUACAACAGUAACGACGUACACAUUUUCUCUAUCGUGUAAAAAUAAUAUACUGCUGAAAAAAAUGAUGGAAAGCUUGAAGGGCAACAAAUCACUAUAAAUCCACGAUGAUAAGUUGAAGUAAAUUUAAAGAUUGCAAUAGAUUAAAGUAUAUUAAUUGUGUUAAUUUUAAGUUUACACAGAGUCAUUGUACGCAAUGUCUGUGACUAAAUUAGAUUAUAGAACUGUAGAAUGCGAUUAAAUCUUCUCAUUUAAAAAAAACAACAGUAAGACACAUGUCUAUAUAAACCACUUCAAAUACACAUGUUGAUCGAAGCUGCUAAUGCCUCGUUAUAGCCACUUGCUGCUGAUAGCUGCGUCUUCUCAUCUGUGGCACCCAUUAAUGAGUUUAUAUGUUAGAUGAAAAUGGAUAUUCACUUAAUAUAUUUUUCAAGUUCUUUUUAUCGGUCAUUAAAACUAGUCACACAAAAACUCUGUCAAACACAUGUCUUCAAAUCUUGAUUGAAGUAUCAUACUAAAAUAAUUAUAGUCGUGACUGGAAUACAGAAAAAGUCAUUGACUGGCAUAAAUUAUAUUGUUAUGUAAAUUCACACUCUUAUAAUUUUACUGUUUAUUUUACUGAUGUUACAUUUUAAUUAUAAUUUGAUAGCCAUAUACUUCUUGAAUACUCAAACGAUGUAUUAAGGUUGAAAAGUGUGUGUUACUGAAAGUCUCAAAUACAAGCUUCUAGCUUUAAAUAACCGACUGGAGACGACACUGAUUGGCCGUUUCUCACCGGUAUAAGUGCAAGGUCAUCUUGUAAAACCGUGCAAUCUGAUCAGACCAUACUGUAUGUUUGCUCAAUUUUUAUAAUCCUUGUAUUGCUGUAACUUUAAAGCAAAACAAAUCUAUUACACUAAUUUAGAAAUUUAAGAGUUAAAACUAAGAAUAAAAAAAGUUCAAGACCAACG